AUGGACACCACUUCUAUCAACCGUUCAACUUCAAACUUAAAAAUAUUACCAAUCAUAGCUCGCAGGGUAUCAGGUAAAAUAUGGAAGCAUCCAAAGAAAGCAACUCACCGUUCACAACUAGCGCGCGGUUUGCGUAAAAGUUGGAACGAAAGGUUAAAAGAACGAAACGAAAAACAGGCUUUAAAGAUGUUAGAAAAAGAAUUGAAGGAUGAAAAGGAAGCCGAGAAAAAGAGAAAACUUGACGCUGCUUUGAAAAGAAAACAAGCACUGGAAGAGAAGGAAAGACAAGAAAAAUUAGCUGCUAUUUAUUCGGCAAAAAAAUUAAAAAGGCUUCAAAAGAAACAAGGGAAAAGAAAAUAA